UCCAGAUGGUGUUCUUUAAAAACGGAGUGAGUCAAGGUGUUGCCUUUGAGAACCUGUUUGAAGGCAUGUACUUUCCGGCCAUCUCACUCUACAAGAGCUGCACGGUGUCCGUUAACUUCGGGCCAAAUUUCAAACACCCUCCGAAGGACCUCAAGUACCAGCCGAUGAGUGAUAUGGGCUGGGGCGCGGUGACGGAGCACACGCUGGCGGACAUGUUGUAUCACGUGGAGACGGAUGUGGACGGACGGCGUUCCCCCCCGUGGGAGGGAUGAAAAAAAUCAACACACACACCUUGCCCCCCCCCCCCACCUUCAGACGGUAAAAUAAAAAGCACCAGGGAACUGUAGCUCCUCAAAGAAGCUGAUUUCCACUCCAAGACAGAAAGUGGAUAAAUAUGCUGUGAUUUCACCAAGCUCAUUUCUUAUUGGCUGCAUAUGAUCAGCUGACAUUCCUUUACGAACAUCUGACACAUUAUUUCUGGUGCUUUCCUUUCAAAUCUGUAUUUUUUGAAGUUAUAAUGUCACGUUUCUCUGCAGCCAAACUCCAUCUGCAGAAACAUUGUUUGUGUGUUAAAUCUGAUUUGAUUUGUUUUACAAUGUGAGUCAAUUAUUCUCUGUUUUAUACUCUGGGUUGAAUAAAUAAAAAAUAAAUGCUACAUGAACAAA